UCCUUAUCUUACCUUACCUUGCCUUGCCUUACCAAACCAAACCAAACACUUGCUGCCCAAAAAGAAAGAAAAAGAAGGAAAAGAACACCACCGCACCACCGAAUAUUUAGAUAAUCUUCACAAUAAUUAAAGUCGCCUUUGUUUAAACAGUAUAAUUCAUCUGUUUCUUUUCAUUUCUUUGACUCUUUGUAUCCUUCUUUCUUCUAUUUUGAAUCUCGAUCACGGAGCUUUCUACAUCUCUUUCUCUGAUAAUCCGGAACAGGGACAAUGUCUUUUAUGCGAAAUUACCGUCCACAAGGAGAUGGCUACCAUGAUGGCCGUUGGUCCUCUUUCAAUAGAAAUAACUUCAUCAAUAAUAGUAACAGGAACAGAAGUUGCAAUUACAAUCAUGUUAGAAAUUAUAAUGAUUUCCACGACUACUCCGGGAAAUACAGGGAACAUUUUAAUUAUGUCCAGCCCGACAAUGCACCAUCAUACAAGAGGAGAAAAUUUUCAGCUUCUUCCUGGGGAGAUAACACAAUGAACUAUUUGCCACAGCCCAAGGGAUAUGAGAGUGGUGCACCAUCAGCCUACAACAAUUUGGUUCCACCUGCUUUGAGAUCUAAUACUGAGGUCUCUACGUCAACAAGUUGUAAACGUGACCGCUCAAAAUUGGAUGAUGAAGAACCAGUGUUUAUGUCGAGGGAUGAAAUUGAGAGACACUCGCCUUCAAGAAAAGAUGGUAUUGAUGCAGUACGUGAAACGCAUUUACGGUAUUCAUAUUGCGCUUUCAUUCAGAAUCUUGGAUUCCGACUUGAAUUACCACAGACCACCAUUGGCACUGCCAUGGUUUUAUGCCACCGGUUUUUUGUCCGUCGAUCACAUGCCUGCCACGAUCGAUUUUUGAUUGCUACUGCUGCUCUCUUUCUUGCUGCAAAGUCUGAGGAGACACCUCGUCCUCUAAACGAUGUAGUGAGAGCCUCUUCGGAAAUUUACCAUAAGCAGGAUAUUACUCUCUUGUCCUAUCUGCUUCCUGUUGACUGGUUUGAGCAGUAUCGAGAGCGGGUGACUGAGGCUGAGCAAAUGAUACUGACUACUCUAAAUUUUGAACUAAACGUGCAACAUCCAUAUGGUCCUCUGACAUCCAUUCUUAACAAAUUAGGUCUUUCACAAACUGUUUUGGUGAAUGUGGCAUUAAACUUGGUCAGUGAAGGGUACCUGUUUGGUAUGGAUUAUUUUGUAGUUGGCUGGAGUAUUUCAACUAGAAACCUAAUUUAGGAACAAGGAAGUGAUCUUGCAUCUUGAUUGUGUAUAUCUUUUAUAUGUUGGGGCUAGUGGGUGUUUCAGAUCUCAACCAGUUAGCCGACUGAGGUUUCGGGUAGUAAGGGCUUGGAGGAUACACUUCCACUCUUUUUUGGUUCAAAUUGUGUGCUAAUUGUGUCAAUCAUUUUCUUCUUCAGAGCUGCAACUCUGCAUAGUUAUUCUGGCAUGGGAUAUUGAUUCUUUGGCAUGGCAUAAUAUUGCAGGGGCUACACAAGAUUAGCAUGCUCACGUGUUUGAUACUGUUAGCUGGCGGAUUGAUAUGCUGUUCAUGGAAAGUUUUGUUUUUAAAGUUGAAGUUGACCUGCUGAUGUAUUGUUGAUCACUUUAAGAUGCAUACCCUAUAAACUUGGUCUGAGCUAGUAAAGAGAGCUGCAGAACCUCUGAUGCCAGUCUGAUUUUACUUUUAAAUUCUUCUUUUUUUAAAGUUUCACUUUUAUUAAAAAAUGAUCUCUAUUUGGUACUUUUACAAACUCAAGUUUUUGAAAUCUGGCAACUUCUCGCCAUACUGUGUAUUUUCAGUGAUAUAGACCAAAACCAUUGACUUAAAGUGGACUAAUAUUUCAUGUAUGGUUUUCUUUUACCCCAUGAUUUUUUGAGGGUUUGCCAAUUUUUUUAGUUUUUUUUUUAAUUUAAUCGGCAAUCAUACUCUGGUUUCAUUUUUGUUAAACCUUUUUGGAGGAAUCAGUGUUACACAAUUUUCAAAAUAUGACUAGAUUUUUUGAGAAGAAAAUUCAUGGUGUAUAUACAUAUAUUUGAUAGAAAUAAAAUUUCAUGAACUUUUCUACCUGUUAUCUAUGUAUUGGGCUAUCACUCUUUUUUGGGUUUCUACUUUCUAGCCCAAUAACAUGCAUGUAUGAUAGGUUAGCCCAAAAUAUUGUCUAUUUUUUUGCUUAACUUGCUUUUUUUUCUUUUUUCUUUUUAACUUGUAUGGCACAUGAAAGGACAAUGUUCUUAUAUAGCAGAGGGUGGAAAAGAUAAAAAGAUGAAGGAUGAGGCAUCCUUAAUGAGAGAGAAAAAGAGAAAGAAAGAAAAGAGGGGAAAAGAAACCAGGCCUUGUGACUAAGAAAAAUAAUUAAUUGAAAACCUUUUGUCCAUUUUUCUGUUUGAAUGUCCCGUAGAAAUACUGUAGAAAGUUAAGGUUCCUACACCCAUUACCCCUCCUCAAAAUUGCAUCAGACUUCUCUUUCAUUUGUUUUUCAUUUUUCCCCUCUCCAUCCUAAUAUUUCUUAUACGCAAAAUAAACUUUUGUCUGAACAUUUGUUCUUAUUUUCUCUAGCAAUUAUGGUGUAUGAUGCAAAGGUGAAGUUAUAGACGGUUGAUCGAUUUCAGCCAGUUAUUGGCAGGUUGUCAAUGCUCAGAAUUUUUUAUCUUUUUUGGGUGGGGUUUAAUUAUCCUUAGUUUUCUAUCAGUUUUUGGGUGUCUCAGAUGAAAUCAGGAUUUUGAAGGGCUUCAAGUAUGUUGUGUAUCCUUUAUUUUUUGAUGUAACAUUGUAUUCGUCUUUGUUUUUUUUUUACUUCAUUGAAUCACUUUUCUAAUUUGUUGUCCUUGGACCAGCUAACUUGUUUUUGUGCAUUCAUAUGUGGGUAGCUUUUUGUUUUUUCCAAUAUUUUACAAGGUAUGGGUCACAUUUCUUGAUAUCUUAAUUGCAUGUCAAACAUCUAAAUGAGUAAGAUUGGUGAUGAUGUCAGUUCCGCUAUGUCAAUACGACAAGUAGGAUAGAGGAUAAAGUAAAAGUAAAUUACUUCCUAAAAUGACCACUAAAAAUGUAUUCUAGAUUCUCCAUGCUUACACUAACAUGUGCAUGAAGAUACACACACUUGAAUAGUUGCCUAUAAGUUGAUGAGCUAUUUCUUUGAAGUUCAAAAGGAGUCAUUACCUUCCAUGCUAGAAAUGAUAGUGCUGGGGUGGUAUAAUUGCUUGCAGCUCAUGCUUUUUCUAAUUCACCCACGCAAAAUUGUUAGCAUUUUGAUUGGUUAUUCACUACUUUAUUCUCGUAUUUAUCAUCA